AUGUCGGCACCAACAGACGCUCAAUGGGCGGCCAUGCAAAAGGCUGUCCAAUCAAUUGCACAAAGAACAGAAGCAGAACCAUUCCGAACACCCGUCCAAUGGAAAGAAAUAGGUCUUUACGAUUACCCACAAAUCAUUGACAAGCCAAUGGACCUUGGCACUGUCAAAAAGAAGAUUACUGAUCGCAAGUACACAAGUCUCCAAGAGGCUGCUGAAGACGUUAGAUUAGUUUGGGCCAAUUGCAUGACCUACAAUGCAGAUGAAAGUGACUUUCACCUCUUGGCCCAGAGUUUGAGCAAACGAUGGGAAGAAAAGUACUCCAAGUUGGUGGCCGACUUCAAUUUAGACGUCACCAUGGGCGGUACGGAAGAGGGCAGUGCAGCUAAAAUUUCGCUCAGUGAUAAGCGGGAAUUCGCCAAGAGUUUGUAUAAGAUUAGCAAGGAAGACUUGGGAAAGAUUUUGGUCGAAGUCGAUACCAAAUGCCCACAAGCUCUGCUCAAGAAUGCCACUGAAGACGAAUGUGAAUUGAAUAUUGACAAACUUUCGCCUGCCGUCUUUCAAGAAAUGCGACAGUUUGUGGCCACUUGCCUGGAUAAGAGUCGGGGAACCAAAAAGAAGGCUGCUAAGCGAAAGAGUGGGUAG